AUUGGGUGGCUGAUUGUGCCAGGAUAUAUUGGGUGCAUACUCUGUGUUCGGCAAAGACCGUGUUUUUUAUCUUGGUUAGUUGGUAGGCAGCGUCUGCCAAGGCGGUACAAAGGAACUCGGAAGGGUGUGAGGGCUUCAACAGUUCUGGCAGUACAAACUCCUUUUACCAGGGCUAAUUGCAUUUCACUGUUUUCUUACCUGCUGAGCUAAGAUGGCAACAGCCAAGGGCUCCAACACCUACAAUCGCCAGAAUUGGGAAGAUUCGGAAUUUCCCAUACUGUGCCAGACAUGUCUGGGGGACAACCCCUACAUCCGAAUGACGAAGGAGAAGUACGGCAAGGAGUGCAAGAUCUGCACACGCCCGUUCACCGUGUUCCGCUGGUGUCCGGGGGCUCGGAUGCGCUUCAAGAAGACAGAGGUGUGCCAGACGUGCGCCAAGCUGAAGAACAUCUGCCAGACCUGCCUGCUGGACCUCGAGUAUGGGUGUCCUCUGCAGGUGCGGGACGCGGCGCUGAAGCUCAAGGAGGACAUUCCCAAGUCGGACGUCAACAAGGAAUACUACAUCCAGAACAAGGAGCAGGAGCUGCAGGGCGCCAACCCGGCCGGUGCGCUCAAGUCGGCGGCGCCCAGCGACCUGCUGCUGAAGCUGGCGCGCACCACGCCCUACUACAAGCGGAACCGGCCGCACAUCUGCAGCUUCUGGGUGAAGGGCGAGUGCCGGCGCGGUGAGGAGUGCCCGUACCGGCACGAGAAGCCCACCGAUCCCGACGACCCGCUGGCCGACCAGAACAUCAAGGACAGGUACUACGGCGUCAAUGACCCGGUGGCGGAGAAGCUGCUGCGUCGGGCGGCGGCCAUGCCGCACCUCGAGCCGCCGGAGGACCGCAGCAUCACCACGCUCUACGUCGGGAACCUGGGCGAUUGUGAGCUCAUCACCGAGCGCGAGCUGAAGGACCACUUCUACCAGUACGGCGAAAUACGCUGCAUUACCGUGGUGCACAAGAACCAGUGCGCCUUCGUGCAGUACAUCUCCAGGGCGUCGGCGGAGGCGGCAGCCGAGGGCACCUUCAACAAGCUGAUCAUCCGCGGCCGCCGGCUCAACAUCAAGUGGGGCCGCAGCCAGGGGCGCCAGGGCGUCGAGGAGACGCUGACGGGCGCGCCGGAGAUGCCGCUCGAGCCCGUGCCAGGUCUGCCGGGCCCGCUGCCGCCGCCGCCGAUGGGACUGCCGCCGGGACCGCCG